AUGAUGAUGGAGAAGCAGAUCAGGGAGCACCAGGAAGCAGGGCGGCAGCAGCAGCAGCAGCAGGUGGUGGUGGUGCACAGCCAGGUGCGGCGGAUCAAGCAGGAGGAGGACGAGCGGGUCACGGUGCACGAGACGUACCAGCACCAACACGCCUCCGAGAUGCGCCUCGUCCUCCGGGACCUCGACAGGCAGCGCUCCCGCUCCCCGCUCGGCCGCGUCGCCCGCACCGCCAUCUCCAUCGGCGGUGACUCCUAG